GCGAGCUCCCUACCUUGACAGCAUUUUGGGUGGCCACUUUGCGAUGGGCAUUUUGAUUCUUUUCAGUGACUUGAAUCUUUUGAAUCAGUUCAUUAAAAAGAUCCGUUCGCUCAUUCGGUCAGUUACUCUUUUUGGAAGUUUCACCGUUGCGCCAGUAGGCGGCGACAAGCGAAUGGCCUUUUAAUGUGAAUCAUGAAAUCAUUAACUUAACCAGUGAGUUAUGUCUUGUUAGCCUUCAAUACCAUUUACAGAUCUGACAAUUAAGCUCCAGAAAUAGUGUUCACAUAAUGAAGGAAAACUAUAACAAUACAUAUAUUAGCAUCCACACCAUUAAGGCACACUAAAUUCUCACGCUCUUUGAAGUCGGUUGGAAAAAUCUUUCUGAAAAUGAUUCCAACCAUAUUGUUCCUCAUUAUGGUAAUAGAUGUGGUGUGGAGUUUUACAGCUAUCUUUAUUGUUCUUGUUGUGAACGUGGAUUAAGCUUGGUAAGAGUUUUCUUAACAAAUAAAAGCAGAUCGAUCUGACGGCCCAACCUACAAACGAUAUAUCUCAGUUCAGUCUAGGUUAGAUCCAAAUAGUGACUCAUUUAUUGAAAAAAUAUUCAUAUUCCUUUAGAAAGUCCAACCAAUUAAAUGCUAAUUUACAGUCUGCACUGAAUGUUAUGUGCUUCGGCCUAUUUGGAUUUGAAAAUAUGAAUCUGUUUAUGGAUGUGAACUAGAACGAUUCAUUAACCUAAAAGAUUCAUUUGAAUCAUUUAUUCAUUCACACAUUCAUUAGGACACGCCUAGAAAUGGAUCCCCAGACUUCUCUCUGAUUUGGCGCACAGCCAGCCACUGGAAGCUCGAGCUGAGGUCUUUAAUGAGUGAGCAGAUUCUUCACCUGGUUUGUGUUCUGCUGACGCCAGCGGAUGGAGAUGAUGUUUGGGUGAACAGAGUAUAUGUCAAGCCCGAGCCUCUGUGAUGAUCUAUGAUGACACUAGCAAAAAAUGGGUUCCAGUCAAACCGGGCCAGCAGGGCUUCAGCCGCAUCAACAUCUACCACAACACUGUCAACAACAGCUUCCGUGUGGUGGGAGUCAAACUACAGGACCAGCAGGUCGUUAUAAACUACUCCAUUGUGAAAGGUCUGAAAUAUAACCAGGCCACGCCAACUUUCCACCAAUGGCGUGAUGCGCGGCAAGUUUACGGGCUGAACUUUGCCAGCAAAGAGGAGGCCACCACCUUCUCCACUGCCAUGCUGUUUGCGCUCAAUGUCCUGAGCUCUCAGGAUGCAGGGCCAGGAGCACACCGUCAGAAUGGAGCGGUGACAGAUGAUGCCGAGGCUCAGAGGAGGCAAAUGAUGGACCAGCAUCAGAUGCAGAUGGAAAGGGAACGACGAACAUCUGGCUCUGCAGUCUCCACCCUUCAGUUUAAAGUAUCAGCAUCCGCCUCUCAGUCCGAAACCACUCUGCAUGACCUCAGACAGUAUCGGGCUAACACUCUUCCCCAUUCCUAUGCUCACCUUAACCCCACGCAACCUUCCUCCCACACCUCCUCUUCCUCCCAGGAACGAGAGAGUGGCUACCGCACUGUGGACUCCCCUCGAAGAAAGGCACAGCAGCUUUCCCAGCUUUCCACCUCUCUGGCUUCUGCUUUCUCCCCCGUGCAGCCAGGUAUCACCCCUUCACCUCGCAAUGCCAAGCAAAUUCCUCUUUCCCCUCCAACGACCCACCAGGACCCCAAACAUGCCACAUGGUCCUCCACACACAUGUACGCUCCAUUACCCACAGCAUCACCACCUGUUAUAAUGGCAGUGCCAGUCAAACAACCUGCUCUGCCUGUCGCCCUCCCCUUGCCGCCCCUAAACAACGGCCCAACCGGUGGCUCCAAAGCUCCCGCUAACACAUCCCACUUGGAGCCUGUAACACACCACCUACAGUCGUCCAGUGGUCCAGCAGAGGAGUACUGCCUGUACCAAAACCCUCCUACGCUGGCCACCUCUGGAGCUCCGUCGCACCCACACUAUCCCAUACUAGAAUCUUCCCCCCUGCCCCCUCUCAUUGGCCAGCCUGUCCAAGUCCCUGCCCUCCACCAGCAGCAGCUAUACCAGGCCACGCCCCCAUUCAACACCACAGCCACCUCUCACACUACUCUGUGUGAGGGGGCAACGCCCAAGAUGUCUCCCUCUCCUGUUUAUCAGAACGCCACAGCAUCCAGCACAGGUCCUCCCGUUCCACCGGGUCAUCCUUCCAUGCUCUCAUCCACCCCUCCCGUCCCCCCCGCUACCUCAGCAUCCAUGGCGGGUCCACCAGCCCCUCCACCCCCUCCUGGGCCUCCCCCACCCGGGCCGCCACCACCCGCCACCGGGCCCCCUCCUACCCCGCCUCCACUGCCGGCUGGUGGAGGUUCUGCUCCGUCAGGUCUGGCUGCAGCUCUAGCUGGUGCCAAGCUGCGAAAAGUUCAGCGGACAGAGGAAAGCAGUAGCAAGAACGAUGCCAAUCGCUCCAGUGGAGGCAGUGGAGGAGGUGGAGAGGGUCUCAUGCAGGAGAUGAAUGCCAUUUUAGCACGGAGGAGGAAGGCCUCAGAGAAACCAGAAGACAGUCAAAAUGAGGAGUCUAAUGGAUCGCCUUCAUCUUCUCAUGGACAAAAUUCAGAUCCUGUGAAGAAGCCAUGGGAACGAGCAAACUCUGCAGACAAGUCUUCAGCUGCGUCAAGGGCAAAACCAGUCGGAAGCACCAGUGAUGCUGAGUCAUUGGACUUUGACAGAAUGAAACAGGAGAUCUUGGAGGAGGUUGUGCGGGAAUUGCAGAAAGUAAAAGAAGAAAUCAUUGAUGCUAUUAGAAGGGAACUGCUGAGAAUUGGCUCUACAUAGACUUAAGAAAUGUCAAUGACUACGACAAAUAAUGACUGAAGGUUCGGGGAAGUACAGGAAUGUUCUCGCAGCAUGUCUGCACCACUAUGGAAAAUUCAGUUGCAGAAAUGUUGUGCAGAUUCAAGGCAUUAUUGAGAAGGACAAGGGGAAGCUGAGGAAGAGAAGGAACUGGAGCAAGUGAUUGUGUGUAGGGAUGAGUGAAUGAAUGAGCAAAUGGAAAUAUAGACCUUCACACUGAAUUUUCUAUUUCCUCCAGUAUGAACGUUGAGACAGUCCACUGUUCAGCUUGCUGCUCUCGCUCUUUCAAGUCUUAAAGUCAACGAAUUGGAAAUUGAUGAAGAUAUUUUUGUUUUCUAAGUUUUUAUCGUUUCAUUGGUCAUUGAUGUUAUUGUUAAGAAUUGUAUUAUAUAAAAUGAGAGAGAUGCACAACAGCCUUUUAUAUUUUAUAUUACUGCUCUUAUUCUUUGGUUUUAGGGACAAACUUACAUUUGUGGUAAACUGUCAGCAAACUAAUAUAGUUGAAACAGUUUGACACAUUUUGGUUAUUUCGUUUUUGUUUUUUGUUUUUUUUUUGUUUUUUUUGUUUUUUUGGCCAAUGCAGAAGUUCAGUAGAACUUUGUUUUAACUGAUUUGGAGGUAUGAGGUUAAAUAUAGAUGAUCUUUUAAUGAGCUCAAGAGAUGGACAUAUAUACGUAUAUGUAUGUGUGUGUGUGUGUGUGUAUAUAUAUAUAUAUAUAUACACACACACACACACACAGCGUUAUUGAAAGUGGCUUAAAGUAUUAGGUGAAUUGUUUGAACGUACAAGGUAUCCUGGUUUAAUUAGGUUGAUCCUGAUUUUAAAAGUUGAUGUUGAUAUUUCACAGAAAUGACAAUUAAAUUUAAACAUGUUGAGAGUGUGAGAUUGAUGGAAUUAAAAGAAUUUUAAAAGCUUUUCUUCCUUUUAAA